AGUCCGCGGUCACACAGAAUAUUUUUGCGCCCGGGUAAACAACGUGAAAUUACCGUCGAAUUUUGCUCGGAAAAAGAUUAAUUUUAACUCUGUAGUUUUAUUUUAUUAAAAAUUUUGACCCAAUAGCGGACGCAUAUACAAAAAAGUAUUGAUUUUUUCAACGUCCAAGAUGGCGGACGACGAGCAAUUCAGUUUGUGUUGGAACAACUUCAACACGAAUCUGUCUGCGGGGUUUCACGAGUCUCUAAUCCGUGGCGAUCUCGUGGACGUCUCAUUGGUGGCCGAGGGGCAAAUUGUUAAGGCCCACCGCCUGGUCUUGUCGGUGUGCUCGCCCCUGUUCCGCAAGAUGUUCACUAAUAUGCCGCUAAACACCCAUGCCUUCGUGUAUUUGAACAACGUUAGCCAUUCGGCUUUGAAGGACCUUAUCCAGUUUAUGUACUGCGGUGAGGUGAACGUGAAACAGGAUGCCCUGCCAGCGUUCAUUAGCACAGCAGAGUCGCUGCAAAUCAAGGGGCUGACCGAUAAUGAUCCCGCUCCGCCACCACCGCAGGAGCCGAGCCCCCCACCAGCACCAGCACCAGCACCUAUUGUACAACAGCAACCGCCACAACCCGUACCGGCCCAGCGCGUUCAGCGCCAACAGCCGCGUGCCUCUGCCCGCUACAAGAUCGAGACCGUCGAUGACGGCCUGGGCGAUGACAACAAGGGAACGACCCAAAUUGUCAUCCAAACAUCCGCACCGCAAGCCAUUGUACAACAACAAGCACAGCAGCAUAUCCAGACGCAGCAGAUGCAGACCGGAACGACAACGACCGCGACGCUGGUGUCGACAAACAAGCGUGCUGCCCAGCGCAGUGUCCUGACUGGGGUCGUGAAGCGCUCCAAGGCGACAGCCACCACCGCCUCCGCCAACUUCAUUGAACGCCUGGACUCUGGAGCAGAGACGGCGACCACGUCUACAGCGCAACUGGUGCCACAGCAAAUCACCGUGCAGACCGUGUCCGCUGCCGAAAGCAAGCCCCACCCGCAGCAGCUCCGCCAGCAAGCCCAACAACAACAACAGCAGCAGCAAGAAGAAGCUGAAUACAUUGAUCUCCCAAUGGAAUUGCCCACAAAGGCUGAACCUGAAUAUUCCGAGGACCAUGGCGAUGCUGCAGGUGAUGGCGAUGCGACAUAUGUAGAGGACGACACAUACGGUGACUUGCGCUACGAUGACAGCUAUUUUACGGAAAAUGAAGAUACCGGCCCGCAAGCAACAGCCAAUACUAGCGGCAGCAGUGCUACGGCGACAACAUCAAAGGCCGUGGUCAAGACGCAGACAUACAGCGACUCAUCGUUUGUCGACACCAGCGCGGAUCCAGGCAACACUGAGGCUCAAGAUAUUGAGAUUAAGCUGGAGCCGCCAACCAUAACAACACCGACGCCCACAACGAACAUGUCCACAGUAGGUUCCGUUGCCGAAUUGGCCCUCACCUUACUGGGCGACGACGAGUCAUUCCGCAGGCCAUUCAGCCUUCCUAAGAUCCUGGACGGUAAGUUCUAUAGGAACAUACAGCCGAGCCAGAAAACGGCAGGCGCCAUCCAGGCCACCUGCACCGCCUGCUACGGCCUCAUCUCCGGCACCACCAAGUCUACGGGCAACUUUCUCAGCCACAUUAAGCGGCGGCACAAGGAUCUCCUGCCGCUCUGUCAGCAGUAUUGUCAGGCCAAGGUCAAUGUCAGCGUCAGUGGCAGCAAAUGCGCGCCAGUGAACCCGACCUCUCCACCGUUGGAGCUGGAGCAACAGCAGCAGCAGCAGCCCGUGGUGCCCCAGGUGCCCACAAUCUUUCCAGCCGCGCCAACACAUCUGUCCAUGUCUGUGCCUAUUCCGACGAUGCCCAUGCCAAUGUCGCUAACCAUGCAGCCGCCGCAAAUGAUUGCCCUGAUGCAGCAGCACCAAAACCACGGCGCUGUCUAUAUCAACAAGGACUACUAGCACCCAUAUGGAUGGGGAUUUGGGGCACCCCUGUCUGUGGUUUAAAUACGUAUGUUUCCGAACUGAUGUCGAUGUAGUAGAGUACCUACGCUUAGUGCAACCUUCUCUAUAAGUUUUAAUAGCUCUAAGGAUUUUCCAAUACACAAAAUAAAAAUGCAUAGAAAGAUCUUUUA